GCGGAUUCCAUACUAGGCAUUUGAUCCCGCCUUUGACAGUUAACCUCCCAAUUAAGAACGCAGCUACGAAUUUCUCCGGACUUCUGAGUUUAGAUGGUAAAUCAGUCCCGUUCAAAUUCCCGCAUCGUUGCUUCGUUAUUAUUUCUCCAGGAUUUCUCUCUUCGGUUCAAUUCUGUUUCCAAUUGAGAGCGAGGAAGAGACUGGAGGUUUAACCAAUCAAUGGCGAUCUUCUUCGUCAGAAAUGGCGUGUUUGGUUUCACGCAUUACCUGGUGCUGUUUCUGAUUCUUGCUAGGAUAUGCCUGUCUGCAAGAUCCGAUAAGGAAACCCGAGAAAGGUUCUACGGGAAUCUCGUGAAUUCAUCUGCACCAGAAACUGGAGAAGGAAGCAUAGCCAAAAUGUUCGAUCGGGUCCUUGAGAAAGAGUUCUCCGAAAACGAUCAGCCUGAAGGAUCUGAUGGAAGCAGCUUUAACAGCACCGUAGCCGAUCAGCAAGCAGUACUAGAGACAGUUGCUAAAAUCACUCACGAAAAGGCCAAGAAAAAUGAUACGCAGGAGACAAAUGGCACUAGAUCGUUCCAAUUACAAGAUGUUUUUUCUCUGGAAAGUGAAGAAUCUGAUGACAUGGCAACUUUAAUUGACAAAAAGGACAAUGUGUUUGUUAUGUCAAACAAGAAAUCCAAGUAUCCAAUCCUUCAAGUAGAUUUGAGAUUGAUUUCAGAUUUGGUGGUCAUCAUUGUUUCUGCUGCUAUUGGGGGAAUUCUUUUUUCAUGUUUGGGACAACCGGUUAUUGUAGGAUAUCUUCUUGCUGGUUCAAUUAUUGGCCCUGGGGGUUUGAAAUUCAUCAACGAAAUUGUACAGGUAAGCUGUUAUAGACUCAUAAACGCUUGAUGAUGAUUCCUUGCUCAAUCCAGAACAUUUUUUUAUCUGCAUAUUUUACAUCUAUUUUUGUUGACGCAGUUAAAAAUUGUGGGGCCUGUUGCUGUUCUUGGAGGCCUGCUUCAAAUUGUGAUAUUUACGUGUUUAUGUGGUAUAACAGCCAUGUUAUGUGGGGCAAAUUUGGCUGAGGGUGUAUUUGUUGGUGCUUUCUUAUCGAUGUCAUCAACUGCGGUGGUUGUGAAGUUUUUGGUGGAAAGGAGUAAUAUGAAUGUACUCCAUGGUCAAGUUACAAUAGGGACACUUAUUUUUCAGGAUUGUGCUGUUGGUUUACUGUUUGCUUUACUCCCAGUUUUGGGGGGUAACAGUGGCCUACUUCAGGGAAUGAUUUCAAUGGGAAAGUUGUUGGUAAUCUUGUCUAUAUAUCUCACUACUGUAUCUUUUUUGUCUUGGACAUUCAUUCCUCGCUUUUUGAAGUUAAUGAUACAACUAUCUUCCCAAACAAAUGAACUUUAUCAACUUGCUGCUGUGGCUUUCUGCUUAUUAUCUGCUUGGUGCAGUGAUAAGUUGGGCCUUAGUCUUGAAUUGGGCUCAUUUGUGGCCGGAGUUAUGAUAUCAACAACUGACUUUGCUCAACACACUUUAGACCAGGUACUUCUCUACUACUACAGAAUCUUAUUUUAUUAAAUUUUUGUUCUUGAUAUCUAAGCACUUAUACACAUUCAUUUCCUAUGGAACCAUGUGGAUAUAUUGUUGGCAUCAGUAAUUCUGGUUAUCGUUGUAAAGACGGCUGUUGCUGCUGCUGUCACUAGGGCUUUUGGUUAUAACAUAAGGACAUCAUUUCAUGUUGGAGUAUUGCUGGCUCAAAUCGGAGAAUUUGCAUUUGUCCUCUUAAGUCGUGCAUCAAAUCUUCAUCUUGUUGAGGGAAAGAUAUAUCUUCUUCUUCUUGGAACAACAGCUCUGAGUCUGGUUACUACUCCUCUCCUGUUCAAAUUGAUACCAAAUGUAAUGAACUUGGGUAUUCUUUUGCAAUGGUUCCCCACAGAAAGCAACAAUCAAAAUGAGGAGAAAACUUCUAUGAUUGAAGCACAUAACAGAAUAUUGUGAUGCACCACGAUAUGACAUCUCUAGACAGUAAAGGAGUCUACAACUGAGGUUUCCAGUGAUUUGUGAAUAUUGCGGGUUUCCUGUGUCUGCUAAUUCCAUUGCUGAAGUCACAAAUGACAUGCCAACACUUACAUGUUCCUUCAGAAGGCAACUCUAACAUCUCAGGGCACGUAUCUUUCCAACAUUCCUGAAGUUCUGUAAAUAUAAUUUGGUGUUUUAGCCUCUUCAUUGUUCAAGCUAAUCUAUUCGGGGCGUAGUACCCUAAAAUAUCCUUGGAUCAUUCCCCUAUACCAUCGAUGCAACAUCAUAGAUCAUAUAAUUUUGGUUUCUUGAAGGAAGUUAUUAUAGAUAGGAGAUGUGGAUGGUAUUAUAUAACUGUAAUAUACCUUUAGAUGAGAAUCACAAUAUUAUUUUGCUUUCAUUUAACAAAGUUUCUGGUCAAUUCAGCUGAUCAAGCCA